AUGAGCCUUUCUUCAAAGAUAUUCGCUAUUAGAGGAGGCACCUCUGGUGUAGGUGCUGCCACUUCUCGGCUCCUCGCAAAAAGAGGUGCUGCGGCUGUUUGUAUAGCGGAUGUCACCAGUCAGAACUUUGCCAAUUUGACAGAGUCGAUCGCCAAGGUGAACCCCAUGUCCAUUGACGCAUGGAAAUGGAUAUUUGUCGUCAGCCUCAAUGGUGUCGCUCCUGUGGAACAGCCUAGGCAGCUAGCCAAAAAUGUUAUAGAUUGGCUCAAAGUCGAGCAUGAACAGUGGACCGUGCAAGAAAACAGGACUGUGCAAGCUCCCAACUUCAGUCACCGGGUGAGCCAGGAGUUCUUGUCCCGAAUGGAAGGGAAACGUCAGCCCAUAUGCUCAAAGAGAUCACGCCUGUAA